AUGUCCUCAGACAUGGAGCGAGCGAUCAACGCCGGCAAGAUCGCACAGACAUUGUUCUACUCGUUUCUAGAGAACACAUGGUCUUACGACAUGAAGAACGUGUGCAUCAAGCGCGAUCAAGAUCACAGGCUUGUUGCUGUCGAAGUCACUGAUGGCACAGGCGUUGUGACAGCUUCAGGAGGUAUCACCGACUGCUGGAGCCACGCGGGUGGUUGGCUCAUCAAAUUUCCAUCUGAGGCGUUCAGCGCGUUCGAUGGAGAUGCAAAACAUGCACUGCUGGCUCAUCGCAACUCGGUCUGGGCUUUUGUGGUCAUGCACGCUGCAGUGCGGGCGCUCUUCCAAGAUUUAGUUGAAGACGUGCAGACAGACAUUAAGGAGAUCGUACACUAUCCAACCAAAAAAUCCUCACGUAUUGUGCGUGCCCAAGGAAGCUUCGGAUUCGAGACAAGGCGGCGAGAUCAGCUGUAUCCCGACGUAGACGGGCGCGGCGAUACCAAAGGCGUCUAUGAGAUCACACUUAAGUGUGGAGCGAAGAUUGUGCUGGACCUUGCGGGCGCACAAUGGGAGCCUUUGAAUGGAGAAGGUGUACACAAGCCUGUCACAUACUCAACAGACUACUGGUCUCGGUGGGGAGUAGCCGUUAAGUACCGCGUCCCUUUCUGCAGCCACCAACUGAAGCAUGCCGCGAAGAUGACUAAAUAUCGCAUGAUCACCUCUCAGACAUUGAUCAUGGAGAUUAGUCUCUACUUCAACGUGUUCAUGAUGAGCAGUUGUAAGGCCGAGCUCGAUUUCCACCCGCGUGAGUUGCUCGACAUGGAAUCCGGGGCUUGCCGUAGUGCAAAGCAGCGCUUCUUCGCCAAAACCCUGGUGUACCUCAAGCGACGUCCUGCCGAGCUCGACAGCGGUAAAGCUCUCGAUGUUCUCAACGUCCUCAACACGUUCGAUCUACGCCACCCCAAGGUCAUCGCGGAACAGCCAGCUGCGCAACCUCGGGGCAACGGGUCUCUUCCUCUCGAUAUUGGUAGCAUGGAAAAAUUUGACUGGAAAGAAUUUAGUCGCCUAAUCCGUAUGCCUAGCUCAGAGGUUACGUUGAAAGAGAAGAAGCGAGCAAAGGCGCUGCAAAAGAACCGGAGCGUGUACAAGGAGCCCGGCAGUUGGAAGAUGGUCUUCUUGGAGGACACAAUUCCGGGUCCCAGAAUACCUAUGGAUUGCAUCAGUGAGAACGCGGCGUGGAGGCUGGAAUGA